UGUUUUCGCCCCUCUCCUGGCGUGGGACGCGGUAGUGGCCAGCGGGAGUGCCAGGCCUGGGCUGCUCCGUGUCCUUCCUCGGGUCAGGGACGAGGUAGUGAUUGACUUCUGGGUGCUGAGCCCGGAACAAGCGCAGGCGGCCGGAGUUCCUCUGGCAGGUUCGCGCCCCCACCUUGUUCCGGGUCUUGCUCGGUCCGCGGCUGCCUGGACGGCCCGGCACUGACUGCCUGGGGCAAAGGUGACCGUCGCGGCCGCCGGGGCUGAAGCGAGGCUGCGGACGGCGGCAUUGCCGGCGAGGAGGAGGACGACGAGGAGGAGGAGGAGAGAAGAUGGCGUCGGAGCUGGAGCCCGAAGUGCAGGCCAUCGACCGCAGCUUGCUGGAAUGUUCCGCCGAGGAGACGGCGGCGAAAUGGCUACAAGCAAGUGACCUCACUAGAGAAGUAUACCAGCAUUUAGCCCACUAUGUACCCAGAAUCUACUGCAGGGGUCCCAAUCCCUUUCCCCAGAAAGAAGACAUGCUGGCACAGCAUGUUUUGUUGGGCCCAAUGGAAUGGUACCUUUGUGGUGAAGAUCCUGCAUUUGGAUUUCCAAAACUUGAACAAGCAAACAAGCCUUCUCAUCUUUGUGGUCGUGUAUUUAAAGUAGGAGAACCUACAUAUUCUUGCAGAGACUGUGCAGUUGAUCCAACUUGUGUUUUAUGCAUGGAGUGCUUUUUGGGAAGUAUUCACAAAGACCACCGAUAUAGGAUGACAACAUCAGGAGGUGGAGGUUUCUGUGACUGUGGUGAUACUGAAGCUUGGAAAGAGGGUCCUUAUUGUCAAAAACAUGAACUUAACACCUCUGAAGUUGAGGAAGAAGAGGAUCCUCUUAUGCAUUUAUCAGAAGAUGUGAUAGCAAGAACUUACAACAUUUUUGCUAUUAUGUUUCGAUAUGCAGUAGAGAUACUAACCUGGGAAAAAGAAAGUGAAUUGCCAGCAGAUUUAGAGAGCUCAGAGAAGAGUGACACCUACUAUUGCAUGUUGUUUAAUGAUGAGGUUCACACUUAUGAGCAAGUUAUUUACACUCUUCAGAAAGCUGUCAACUGUACACAAAAGGAAGCUAUUGGUUUUGCAACUACAGUAGAUCGAGACGGGCGUAGGUCUGUUCGAUAUGGAGACUUCCAAUAUUGUGAGCAAGCAAAAUCAGUAAUUGUGAGAAAUACCAGUAGACAGACAAAGCCACUCAAAGUUCAAGUUAUGCAUUCGUCUAUUGUUGCACAUCAGAAUUUUGGUUUGAAACUUUUGUCUUGGCUGGGAAGUAUAAUUGGAUAUUCAGAUGGCCUCCGCCGGGUUUUAUGUCAAGUUGGAUUACAAGAAGGGCCAAAUGGGGAGAACUCUUCUCUGGUGGACAGAUUGAUGCUUAGUGAUUCCAAGUUGUGGAAAGGUGCUAGGAGCAUGUAUCACCAGUUGUUCAUGAGCAGCCUCCUUAUGGACUUGAAAUACAAGAAAUUAUUUGCUGUUCGAUUUGCCAAAAAUUACCAGCAGUUGCAGAGAGAUUUUAUGGAGGAUGAUCAUGAACGAGCAGUGUCGGUGACUGCUCUGUCUGUCCAGUUCUUCACCGCACCUACUCUGGCUCGAAUGCUCAUCAUAGAAGAAAACCUGAUGACCAUUAUCAUUAAGACUUUCAUGGAUCAUUUGAGACAACGAGAUGCCCAAGGCAGAUUUCAGUUUGAACGAUACACCGCUUUACAAGCUUUCAAGUUUAGGAGAGUUCAGAGCCUUAUUUUAGAUCUCAAGUAUGUGUUAAUUAGCAAACCAACUGAAUGGUCAGAUGAACUGAGGCAGAAAUUCUUGGAAGGGUUUGAUGCUUUUUUGGAAUUACUGAAAUGCAUGCAGGGAAUGGAUCCAAUCACACGUCAAGUAGGACAGCAUAUUGAAAUGGAACCAGAAUGGGAAGCAGCCUUUACACUACAGAUGAAAUUAACACAUGUCAUUUCAAUGAUGCAGGACUGGUGUGCUUUAGAUGAAAAAGUGUUAAUUGAAGCUUACAAGAAAUGCCUCGCUGUAUUGAUGCAGUGUCAUGGUGGUUUUACUGAUGGUGAACAGCCAAUCACACUAAAUAUUUGUGGACAUUCAGUGGAAACUAUCAGAUACUGUGUUUCCCAAGAAAAAGUUAGCAUUCACCUCCCAGUUUCUCGCUUACUUGCAGGUUUGCAUGUGUUACUGAGCAAAAGUGAAGUGGCAUAUACAUUUCCAGAACUCCUACCUCUAAGUGAACUUAGUCCGCCCAUGUUGAUAGAACACCCUCUUAGAUGUCUUGUUUUGUGUGCCCAAGUACAUGCUGGAAUGUGGAGAAGAAAUGGGUUCUCUCUAGUAAACCAGAUUUAUUACUACCAUAAUGUGAAAUGCAGGCGUGAGAUGUUUGACAAGGAUAUAGUAAUGCUUCAGACAGGUGUCUCCAUGAUGGAUCCAAAUCACUUCCUGAUGAUAAUGCUCAGCCGCUUUGAGCUGUACCAGAUUUUCAGUACACCAGACUAUGGGAAAAGAUUUAGUUCCGAGGUCACACACAAGGAUGUCGUUCAGCAGAACAAUACUCUCAUAGAAGAGAUGCUGUACCUCAUUAUAAUGCUUGUUGGAGAAAGAUUUAGUCCUGGAGUUGGACAGGUAAACACUACAGAUGAAAUUAAGCGGGAGAUUAUCCAUCAGUUGAGCAUCAAGCCGAUGGCUCAUAGUGAAUUGGUAAAGUCUUUACCUGAAGAUGAGAAUAAGGAGACUGGCAUGGAGAGUGUAAUCGAAGAAGUUGCCCAUUUCAAGAAACCUGGAUUAACAGGACGAGGCAUGUAUGAGCUAAAACCAGAAUGUGCCAAAGAGUUCAACUUGUAUUUCUACCACUUUUCAAGGGCAGAGCAAUCCAAGGCAGAAGAAGCUCAACGGAAGUUGAAAAGACAAAAUAGAGAAGACACAGCACUUCCACCUCCGGUUUUGCCUCCAUUCUGCCCUUUGUUUGCAAGUCUGGUUAACAUCUUGCAAUCAGACGUCAUGCUGUGCAUCAUGGGAACAGUGCUGCAGUGGGCUGCGGAACAUAACGGGUAUGCCUGGUCAGAGGCUAUGCUGCAAAGGGUGUUACAUUUAAUUGGAAUGGCACUACAAGAAGAGAGACAGCAUCUAGAGAAUGCCGUGGAAGAACACGUAGUAACAUUUACCUUCACUCAGAAGAUAUCAAAACCUGGUGAAGCACCAAACAACUCUCCAAGCAUACUAGCUAUGCUGGAGACACUACAGAAUGCUCCCUACCUACAAGUCCACAAAGACAUGAUCAGGUGGAUAUUAAAGACUUUUAAUGCUAUUAAGAAGAUAAGAGAGAGUUCAUCUGCUAGUCCCAUGGCAGAGACAGAAGGAACCAUAAUGGAAGAGAGCACAAGAGACAAAGACAAAGCUGAGAGGAAGAGAAAAGCCGAGAUUGCUAGGCUGCGCAGAGAAAAGAUCAUGGCCCAAAUGUCUGAGAUGCAGCGGCACUUUAUUGAUGAGAACAAAGAACUCUUUCAGCAGACAUUAGAACUGGAUGCCUCUACCUCUGCCAUUCUUGAGAAUAGCCCUGUAGUUUCAGAUAUGACACUUACAGCUUUGGGUCCAGCACAAACUCAGGUCCCUGAACACAGACAGUUUGUUACCUGCAUAUUGUGUCAAGAAGAACAAGAAGUUAAUGUGGAAAGCAGAGCAAUGGUCUUGGCAGCAUUUGUUCAAAGAUCAACGGUACUAUCAAAAAACAGAAGUAAAUUCAUUCAGGACCCAGAAAAGUAUGAUCCAUUAUUCAUGCACCCUGAUCUGUCUUGUGGAACACACACUGGUAGCUGUGGGCAUAUUAUGCAUGCCCAUUGUUGGCAAAGGUAUUUUGAUUCCGUUCAAGCUAAAGAGCAACGAAGGCAGCAGAGAUUGCGUUUGCACACAAGCUAUGAUGUAGAGAAUGGAGAAUUCCUCUGCCCCCUUUGCGAAUGCUUGAGUAACACUGUUAUUCCUCUGCUGCCUCCUCCAAGAAAUAUUUUUAACAGGAGAUUAAAUUUUUCUGAUCAACAUCUGAUUCAGUGGAUUAAAACAUUAUCUCAUCAAAUAAAAGCAUUACGGGCUCUUAGGAAAGAAGAAAGUAUCCCUAAUGCUUCCUCUUCAAAGAAUUUAGAAAAUAUAAAUGAAUUUCAGCUCCCUGAAGGAUUCAGGCCUAGUUUUCAUCCUAAGGACCCUUAUUCUGACAGCAUAAAAGAAAUGCUAACAACAUUUGGAACUGCUACCUAUAAGGUGGGACUAAAGGUUCAUCCCAAUGAAGAUGAUCCACGUGUACCCAUUAUGUGCUGGGGUAGUUGUGCAUACACCAUCCAGAGCAUAGAAAGAAUUUUGAGUGAUGAAGAGAAGCCAUUGUUUGGUCCUUUGCCUUGCAGACUGGAUGACUGUCUUAGGUCAUUAACAAGAUUCGCAGCAGCACAUUGGACAGUGGCAUCUCUUUCAGUGGUGCAAGGACACUUUUGUAAACUUUUUGCCUCAUUGGUGCCUAGUGACAGUUAUGAAGACCUUCCAUGCCUAUUAGACAUCGACAUGUUUCAUUUACUGGUGGGCUUGCUGCUGUCUUUCCCUGCGCUGCAGUGUCAGGAUUUUUCAGGGACCAGCCUUGGCACUGGAGACCUUCACAUUUUCCAUCUGGUUACUAUGGCACACAUCGUGCAGAUCUUACUUACCUCAUGUACAGAAGAGAAUGGCAUGGAUCAAGAAAAUACCUCUGGGGAAGAAGAAUUAGCAGUUCUUGAUUUGUAUAAAACACUUCACAAGUAUACAGGAAGUGCCUUGAGAGAAGUACCUUCUGGCUGGUAUCUGUGCAGGAGUGUCAGAGCUGGAAUCAUGCCUUUCCUGAAGUGUUCUGCUUUGUUCUUUCAUUACUUAAAUGGAGUUCCAGCCCCACCCGACAUUCAAGUUUCUGGAACGAACAAUUUUGAGCAUUUAUGUAACUAUCUUUCCCUGCCAACCAACCUCAUUUGCCUCUUUCAAGAAAAUAGUGAGAUAAUGAAUUCACUAAUGGAAAGUUGGUGUCAUAACAAUGAAGUUAAACGGUACCUAGAAGGUGAAAGAGAUGCCAUAAGCUAUCCAAGAGAAUCUAACAAAUUAAUAGACCUUCCAGAGGACUACAGCAGCCUCAUUAACCAAGCUUCCAAUUUCUCGUGUCCCAAAUCAGGUGGUGAUAAGAGCAGAGCCCCAACUCUGUGCCUUGUGUGUGGAAGUCUGCUGUGUUCCCAGAGCUACUGCUGCCAGACGGAGCUGGAAGGAGAGGAUGUAGGAGCCUGCACAGCUCACACGUACUCCUGCGGCUCCGGGGCAGGCAUAUUCCUGAGAGUACGGGAAUGUCAGGUGCUAUUUUUAGCCGGCAAAACCAAAGGCUGCUUUUAUUCUCCUCCUUAUCUUGAUGACUACGGGGAGACUGACCAGGGACUUAGACGGGGAAAUCCUUUACAUUUGUGCAAAGAGCGAUUUAAGAAGAUCCAGAAGCUCUGGCACCAACACAGUAUCACAGAGGAAAUCGGACAUGCACAAGAAGCAAAUCAGACCCUGGUUGGCAUUGACUGGCAGCAUUUAUAAUCGCUUCACUACCAAAAACAUGAACUUGGAGUUUUGUAUCCUAGUUGGCUUUUCAAGAAAAAGAGUAGGAAAUAAGUUCUGCUGAAUUUUGAAAUAAAUUCUUUAUUUAAGCUUUCCUUUCCAAUUUUAUUUUUAUAGUUCUGGCUCCAAGGAUUGAUGAAAAUUAAUUUCCAUCAGCAGGUUUUUUUGCACUGUUGCUGUGUCCCUCAAAUGUCACACCUUGGGUUUAAGAUCCAAGGAGGAGUGUCCCUUCCUGGACUGGAGCUCAGCACCUCUUGAAGUCUGACUGCGCUGGCUUGCCAGUAGUCCAAGCCACUUCACAUCAUUGGUUCUAGUGAAUUUGGGGCUGACUCAGCAGAGGCAGGAAGCAAGUUUCUCUGGCCCAUCAGGGACAUACUUCCUGACUCCUUAGUGACUUAGCACUAAAGCUCACUUGGCGUUCACCUCUGCUGACGGGACCCUACCUCUCUCUCUAAAAGCAAAGCAGUUGAAUUUGAAGAUGGGAUUCCCUUCUCUGCAUUGUCUGAGACAGUUGGGGGCACUCAAACAAGAGUGCCUAGGGAGGAGGUAGCUUCUUAGUAUGCUGUCUGGCUUUUUUGCAGCUAUGGAAGAUUGAUCUUUUUGUUACUGUUUUUUCUAUUUUUGUUAAGACUUUGGCUUUGAGAGAAAAACUCACUUAAAAUGGCUUUUUGAAAACAAAGAAUCUCCUAAUUUUUCAGACAAAAAUGGUCUGCAUUCUUUCUAAGGCUAAACUGAGAGAGUGCAUGCAUCUUGAAUCAUAGUAGCAAAAAUGUGAGACUGCAGUGUUUUGAGGUUCCCCACCCUAUCCAGGAUUUCCUGGACUAGAUGAAUUGCUGCUUACCUACUGGCUUGCUUAGGACAUUCCUGGGACAGUCUGCACCCAGGCUUUUUAUUCUUUUUAAAUAUUGUUCUUACUAAGAGGUGCCUUCGUAGAGCGUUAGCCACUUAGUAAAGGAGCUUACCAUAUAGCCCUUACUAUAUAGCUACUCGAGUCUGAUAUCCAUGUACUGAGAGCUUGACUACACAGAGUGACAGCAGAUUUAGUAGAGGAAUGAAUUCUGAGCUCUGAAGUAGGGCUGAGGGACAGGUGAAUAACACAUGGCUCUUGGAUUUUCUAACCAACGCAAGCAACCCUUUUACUCAGCUUUUUUGAAUCACAUCUGCAAGUUCUGUUCCACUCAGCUGUGCACGUUUCACAGUGUUCCCUGGAGGAAAGCCUGAAGUUCAGACUGGAGGCUAAAAUAGGAUGCAGAAGCCACAUCUCUCCAAGCUCAUGUGUGAAAGAACCACCUCCUUUGAAAGCAUUAGUUUAAAUUAACAAUUUUGCUUGGGACUGGCUCAUGCAGCUAAGAGGACAUCCAACAGGAAGAAAAUCCAAAUUAGAAUCUACCACGCUCUCCCUUUUUCUGGCCUUUCUUUCCUUUAUGUAAUCUGAUUAUUUGGACUGUGGAUGGCAUAAUUAAUGUUUAUUUUGGACUUUGACACAUGCAGUUCUUUAAUGUUUAAGUUAAGAUUCUUUGAGCUUUUCACCAUGCUUAAACUCUCUCCCCUCCUCUAAGUGAAUUAUAAAUUAUAAAUAUCUUCACAAAUCAUGGCAAUACUCCAGUUUUCAGGCCUGACUUCAUAGAAGCCUGGUGUUGGCAAGAGAGUGUCCUGGAUGUAUUCUCUGAUGAUGUUGGAGAGUCUAGGAGGUGAAUUCACAGGAAAAUGAAACAUGCACACUCUUGUUUUCCGAUGUUAAACUGGUUAUCUUCCCUACCAAUGAAGCAUAUGAAUUUUAUGAUUUGUUCCGCAUGUUUUAUGUUUAUUGUAGAAAUGUAUACAUCAUGCUUUCCAUAUCAGGGAAAUCCUAUCUGUUUAAUAAAUUGGCUAUAAUUUAAUAUCUGUGGAAAACUUGUAAAAUUUGGAAUGUAUCAUAUGUAAAAAGUUUAAAGAUACCCAAAUAAAUGCUUUAGGCAUUGACAUUACUAUGGGUUUGCUUAUGUCUUCUUUCUGUUGUUUUUUGUUGUUGUUUUUUUACACACUUAAAUGUCAUAGCAGUGCUCCCCAUGUCACCUUGCAA